AGUGUAAGAAUCCAGACUUAGUAAAUGCAUUUGUUGUUUGGGUUGGUAACAUGUGUCUUGUGCUUCAAGAUCGUAGAUACAUUUCUUCAAUGUACUGCAUCAACACAGUCAGUUAAAAAUGUCUUACACUGUCCGAAAAACGAGACUGAAUGGACAACAGCUAAAACAUUAAAAGGAUGCGGGACUAUUCAACAAAACUGCUCUGAAUUUGAAAGUCUCGAGUACCAUUGUGUACCCACUGAAGAUGAGGAUGUCUAUGUGGAUUUGUGUGCCUUCCCAAUAAUGUCUCAUGGUGGCUUCUGUACCGAAUGGAAUACUGGUGGAGAAACACUACAACCUUCUGGAAAUAGGAGCUGCACAGCCUCAUCAAACCCAUGUCCCAAUUCUUACUUGUCAAAUGAAACAUAUAAUUAUCAUAUAUGCUACAAAACAAAUAUUACGGAACAUUCGCAGAUGCAUGGUUCGAAUUCCACAAUUCGUCUACAGACACGGGCAAUUCUCCCCAUGGUGCUCGGCGUUACCAUUUCCUUUCUUCGUUUCCGAUAUCGAAGAUAAAGGGGAAAAGAGGCAUAACCUUUACAAACGCUGAAUAAGAAGUGACUGGGAACUCUGCUAUACAUCUGGAAUUUUUUUUAUUGUUAUUAACAUUCAAAACAUCUUUUUUUUUUUUGCAUUAUAUCAAUGAUUCUUUUGUUAUAUAGUCGAUCUAGUAUAAAUGGUAACAUAAAAUACAAUGAUAAAUCUAAAUGAAUACAUUACUGACCUGUUUCCGUUUGUCUGAAACUUUGAAAAUGUAGAUUUAAUAAGAUCGUCUGCAACAAAACUACUUUCUUUUUUCAAUAAAUAUCUUUUUUUAACAAUGUGACAUAUAGGCUUUUUAUAUUUUAUUUGUUGAACGAUUAUAUCACAGGUGAUUCUAUUAUUGUUUUUUUUUUUAAGAAGACAAGCACAGCUAGAAAUAUUAAAAGCAUAAACAGCACCAUCACUUUUAUUUAAACCUAGAUGCAAAUUCCCUUGUAAAAGAGAAGUAUUAACAGUAAAACUUAUGCUGUCAUUAGAAUCAGAGUUUAAAUGUUCCAGUUAAAUCUGUAUCUCAAGCAAAAUAUGCAUCCUUAGUGACAUCAUAAUUUACAACUCAAUUUGUCAAUGUACAUGUAUUAACAUUGCACAUGUAUUAAAAUUGUAUAUGUACAAAUGUCUAGCCUCCAUUAACAGUUGUA